AUGCUUCGGUAUAAUGCUGUCGCUGUUGAACUAAUGGCACUACAAAUCCUCGGCAGUCCAGGCCAGAUGUCAGCCAUCGAUCCUGAUUGCGGUGUCAACGCCAUUGUCAACUACACCCUCGGAGAUAGCUUCGCAAAACCCCAGUUCUCAGUAAAACCAGAUUCAGGAGAUCUAUGCGUAUCAGCUCCUUUGGAUUAUGAAGCACACAGCGAAUAUGAAUUUCCUGUCAUCGCUACUGAUAGAGGAGGCCUGUCGACGACCGCUAUGGUGAAGAUACAACUCAUCGAUAUCAACGACAAUGUACCUGCAUUCACAGUUAAGGAUUACAACGUGUCCCUGAAAGAAGGACGGAUCUCCUCCGAGCCGAUUAUAGCUGUAUCCGCAACGGACUCCGACUCUGGAAGAUUUGGUGCCAUUACAUACAGAAUUGUGAACGGGAACGAGAAUGAUGUUUUUAGAAUAGAUAGAAGUACAGGAGAGAUUUUAGUCACAAAACCAGCGUUGCUUCAAGCUAAUUUGAAAUUUGACCUUGAAGUGUCUGCGACUGAUGGUGGUGGAUUGACUGCUCCUCAAAAUGCUGUGGUUCAUGUGUCAGUACUACCUGCUGGAGUUGGAUCAGCGCUGUUCGAUAAGCCCCGUUACAAUUUUCGUGUGAAAGAAGAUGUCAGAGUUGGUACUGUUGUUGGGAAUUUGAAAGCUACCGUUGGUGAUAGAGGUCAACAGCCAGUCCGGUACAGCAUCGUUUCCGGAGAUCCCGAGCAUCGGUUCACUAUCGAGCCACUCACUGGAGCAAUCAGAACUGCUGGACAACUAGAUAGAGAGAUCAGCCCCAUUUAUCUUCUCAAUGUUAGAGCUGCAACUGGAAAUCCAUCAAGCUUUGAUCAAACUCAGGUCCAAAUCACCUUAGAAGAUGUAAACGACAACGCUCCAGAAUUCGGUACAUCAUCUGUCAGAGUAUCAGUAGCAGAAUCAGCAGCUGUUGGCUCUGUGGUUUAUGCAGCAAGAGCUACCGAUGAGGAUGAUGGAAAAAAUGGACAGAUAAGCUACAAUCUAGUCUCAGCCACGGGACCUUCUAAUACAUUUGCUGUCAACCCACAACAUGGAUUGGUUACGCUUUUGAGGUUACUUGAUUACGAAAACCUCGUACGUCAUACCCUGAUUAUCUCGGCAAGAGACAACGGCAUUCCUAGCCUCAGUGCAAACUUGACAUUGGUGGUGGACGUCCAGGAUGUGAAUGACAAUACUCCGGUCUUUGAACAUGAGUCAUACAGUGCUAAUGUAUUGGAAUCUGAAGCUGUUAAUGCUAAGAUCCUUGAAAUUCAAGCGAUAGACAAAGACACAGGAAACAACGCACGCAUUACAUACAAAAUAGCUGGAGACUCAAACACAACUGAAGAUUACUUCAAAGUGCAACCAAGUACUGGUUGGGUGUACCUCGCAAAACAACUCGACAGGGAAACAACAGCACAACACAAAAUGGUCAUAAUAGCUGUCGACAACGGUAUCCCACCGCUGUCUGCAACCGCUAACUUAGUCGUCAAUGUAAUAGACGCAAAUGAUAAUGAUCCAGUGUUCAGUAAAUCGGCGUAUGAGUUCCAAGUUGAGGAAAAUCAGAAAGCUGGCGCAUUUGUCGGGAAGAUUGCAGCAACUGAUGCCGAUUUGGGUGAUAACGCUGUAGUGAGGUAUAGCUUGUUCCCCUCAAACACGAGUUUUAUCGUCAAUCCUGCUACUGGAAUAAUCACGACCAAAGAAAUUCUAGAUAGAGAGUUUAAAUCUUCUUAUUCCUUAUUUGCUGAAGCAAAAGAUCAAGGAACGCUACCUCGCUCGAGUAGAGUACCAGUUUCAAUCAAGAUCACUGACGUAAAUGACAAUCCACCAGAAAUUAUUGACCCUAGAGAAGAUGUUGUAAGUGUAAGAGAAGAGCAACAGCCAGGAGCAGAAGUCGCAAGAGUCAAGGCUAUAGAUAGAGAUAAUGGAGUCAAUUCUACAAUCAAAUAUUCUAUUCUUAGUGAAAGAGAUAUGGAUGGUGUUGGUGUUUUUGUUAUUGAUGCAAAUACUGGAGUUAUAAAAACUAGUACAGUUCUAGAUCAUGAAGAGAGAUCAAUUUAUCGAUUGACUGUAGCAGCAACCGAUGGUGGCACACCACCAAAACAAACAGUAAGGCAACUCAAAGUUGAAGUCUUAGACUUAAAUGACAACAGACCGACUUUCACAAGCUCAAGUUUGUCUUUCAAAGUAAAAGAAGACGCCAAAAUUGGUCAUGUGGUUGGUACUGUAGCAUGUUGCGAUAGUGACAUCACCGAAAACUUAGUCAAUGAUGACGACGAAAAACAGAUAUCGUACCUUCUAAUGCCUCUUACCACUGACCACGCUCCUGGUACUUUUGAAAUUGAUCGCCGAACUGGGUCGCUAGUUGUAGCUAGGCAGUUAGACAGAGAAAUCCAAGAUGAAUACCGAUUAGAAGUUAGAGCACUAGAUACAUCUGCAACUAACAAUCCACAAAGCAGUGCCGUUACAGUAAAAAUUGAGAUUGUUGACGUAAAUGACAAUUCACCACAGUGGCCUCAAGAUCCAAUUAAUAUCGAAAUCUCAGAACUUACCCCUAUUGGAAUGAUAGUGUACAACUUUACUGCCAAGGAUGCAGAUGCUGGACCUAAUGGAGAAUUAAAUUUCCGAGUUGUGUCAUCAUUACCUGCUACUAGAAAUGUGUUUAAUUUAGACCCACUCACAGGUUCUCUGACACUUACUUCUACGUUGGACUAUGAGAAGUUAAAAGAGUACUGGCUAAUAGUUGAAGCAACAGAUUUAGCUACAAACGUUAGUGAGAGGAUGGUUACCUCAGCUACCGUUCAUAUUUCUGUUACUGAUGCCAAUGAUAACACUCCUACUUUUGUAUCUGCGAAGAAGGCUACCGUAUCACUGAAUACUCUAUCCGGAACACUUUACCAAGCAUUAGCGAUAGACGCCGAUUCAGGAGAAAAUGGUAAAAUAUCAUAUUACAUAUCAGGAGGUAAUGACAACGGCUACUUUUCUAUGGAUUAUGAUAUGGGCAAACUAACUUUGUCUAGUAAAUACUCCCAAGAUAUAUCGAGAGUAAGACCGGGACAGUAUAAGUUAAAUCUUACUGCUUCUGAUCAUGGUGUCCCGUUUCCGAGGCAAAGUCACAUGACCCUGCAACUUACGUUGCAAGAAUCAACCAACAUACCACCGAGAUUUACAGAUUCUUACUACAGAGCUAACAUUACAGAAGACAUUCGACCAGGCAGUUUUGUAACUAGGUUGUCUGCAAAAUCUUCGAGAGGAAGCGCAAGCAAUCUUACUUACAUGAUACCAUCUGGAGUUGCUGAUGAUAAGUUUGCAAUUGACGAAAGACUGGGCACAAUCACUGUCAAAACCAGAAUUGAUAGAGAGGAGAGAGAUCAAUACAUUUUCCCUGUCUAUGUGACAGACUCUAGAACUUUUCAAUCAACUACCAACUUUGAUGUGGCUACGGUUACGAUAAGCGUUAUGGACGUCAACGACAACCCUCCAAGUUUCAAAACAGGGUCUUGCUAUCCUUUAGUGGUUCCAGAAAACAAUGAACCCGAAGUAAUUCAUACGGUAGCUGCUACUGAUAAAGACAUUGGCGCUAAUGGAGUAAUUACUUACAGUAUUACGUCAGGCAACAAUGGCAACAAGUUUUCAAUAGAUUCUACUUCUGGGAAACUGACAGCAAGAACUCUAGAUCGUGAAACACAAUCGAAGUAUCAUUUGACAAUUACUGCUUUUGAUCAUGGUUCUCCUGUAGCAUUACAAGGAUCUUGUAAUAUAACGGUGAUUGUUGAAGACCAGAAUGACAAUGAUCCUGUUUUUGAUACGGGUCAUUAUUCUGCUGCGAUACCCGAAGAUGCUAUGAUAGACACCUCGGUAAUUAAAGUGAGAGCUACUGAUGCAGAUUUGGGUUUUAACAAACGUAUUGUGUACUCAUUGGCUAAUGAAAGCCAAGGCCUUUUCAGGAUCGACAAUAAAACAGGAAUUAUUUUCACUACUGGAACUUUCGAUAGAGAGAAAACAAGUGUUUAUCAUUUCGAGGCUGUAGCUACGGAUGAGGGGCGAUACAUCACAAGAUCUCAAAGGGUUUCAGUAGAAGUAACGAUCAAUGAUGUUAACGAUAACAAACCUAUCUUCACAAAGUACCCAUUCAAGGAACAAGUAGCGACACUAACACCGCCAGGUCAAAGUUUACUUAGAGUCUCAGCCAUGGACAAUGACAUAGGCAUAAACGCUGAAAUACUUUACGAGCUCCUAGAUACCUCAAAUCACAAGUUCCGAAUUAAUCCUACAACAGGUGUACUUACAGCUACACAAAGUUUAGCAAGCGAAAACGGAAAAUUGAUACACUUAAAAGUGAUUGCUAAAGAUAAGGGUAAUCCACCUCAGAGCUCCAUAGGACUAAUUGAAAUACGUGUCGGCGAUUUCUCAGAUCAAACACCGACAUUAAACUUCCAAAAUGCAACAUACAAUGUAACUAUUGAAGAAAACAUGGCGUAUGGAAAAGACGUGCUCCAAGUAACCGCAGUCAGGAGCGACGGGCGGCGUCAGCGAAUAAUUUAUGAAAUCGGCAACGGCAACGAUCAGUACGCUUUUGAAAUAGACUCUAACUCAGGCGUUAUAAGGGUGAAUAACUCGGCGAAUCUGGAUUAUGAGUCGUACCCAGGCCCGCGGAGGCAGCUUGUUGUUGUUGCUCGCACAGAAGGUUCGCCCGUCCUAUACGGCUACUGCGACGUUAUAAUAAAUCUGAUCGAUCAGAACGACCACGCUCCCAGGUUUACGCAACAACAGUACAUCGCGAAUGUCCUUGAAGGGAACACUAAGGGCGAAUUUGUUGUGCAACUCGCGGCUAAGGAUGGGGAUCGCGGUGUAAAUGCAAGGAUACUAUAUCACAUUGUGGAUGGAAAUCACGAUAAUGCAUUUAUAAUAGAACCGGCAUUCUCAGGAUCAGUCAAAACAAAUAUAGUCCUUGAUCGGGAGAUAAGAGAGACAUACAAGCUGACAGUAAUAGCUACUGAUGAAGGCGACCCCCAGAUGACUGGUACGGCGACGCUGAGGAUCAAUGUUGUAGACGUGAACGACAACCAGCCAACAUUCCCACCACCGAACGUCAUCUCAGUAUCGGAAGGAACGGAAGUUGGGACAGUGCUCACAUCUGUUACUGCGAAUGACGUUGACACAUAUCCGGCAUUGAAGUACUCGAUAAUGCAAGGGGACAACAGUUUUUCUAUAGACAGAUACAGCGGAAAAAUUGUGUUGAAUAGGCCCCUUGACUUCGAAACGAAGAAGAUGUAUGAAGUGAAUAUCACGGCAUCGGAUAGCGAACACGUUGCCAAGACGACACUGACAAUAAAAGUUACUGAUGUCAAUGAUAACUCGCCCGUGUUUGAUGAUAUCUCGUACAAUAGAAUCUUACCUGAAGGCACUGAUACUCUUGAAAUCGGUUCAGUCAGCGCUAAAGACCGUGAUGAUGGAGAUAAUGGCAAGAUCACGUAUUCUAUUCUUCGACCAGCAAAAGGAUACUACAUUGAUGCAGAUUCUGGAAGCAUUUUCGUGAACUAUAGUGCACUACCACCCAAUCAGAGGGACACACAGUUAGCGGUUGUUGCUACAGAUCAUGGAAAACCAAACAGAAGCGCAGUUGCGUCUGUCCGUAUUAGCACAGGAGCAUCUUCAGAAAUCAAACCAUUCAUUGGACAAGAUACUUACAGGAUCACAGUGAACGAAGACACUGAAAAAGGUUCCACAUUGCUCCAGAUUGGUGGUAUCAAUGAUGUUCUCAAGAAAUACAAUUUAGAUAUACACAUCACAUCGGGCAACGAAGGCAACACAUUCGAUGUCACUUUGGAAGGUGCACUGAUUCUUCUCAAUAAUCUUGAUAGAGAGACUCAAGAUUCCUAUGUACUCGGAUUAGCUGCAGUUGAACAAGGAAAAAUGCUGACGCACAAUCAAAAUAAGACUUCUAUUACUGUAUUUGUGACUGUAGCUGAUGCCAACGACAACCCACCCAUGUUUGCUACCAAUGAACUCGAAUUAACUGUAAGUGAAGAUGUAAAAAUUGGCUAUACAUUGACUAAGCUAACUGCAACUGACGCCGAUCUCUAUGGGACACCUAACGCUGCUAUUGUUUACAACAUCACUUCCGGAGAUGAUGAAAAGUUGUUCUUUGUGCAUCCAACAACGGGUAUUCUGACUGUCAAUAAAAGCCUCGACUACGAUAUUGGCAACACUAAAUACAAACUUGUGAUUGUCGCAUGUGAUCAAGGAAUACCGUCUCUCUGUAACGCCGUAUUCAUAGAUGUUGCAAUACUUGAUGAGAACGAUAAUACGCCUACAUUUCCUGUGAAUGAAUAUUUUGAAAGUAUUGGUGAGAAUGAACGAGUUGGCACAUCAAUUUUCACAGCAAGAGCUACAGAUUUAGACAAAGGCAGAUACGGUCAAUUGAACUACUCAAUUGUAGCAUCUCCAAACAAUUACAACCGAAACGAUGAUUCCUGGAAAAUGUUCCUAAUUGAUUCUUCAUCAGGAUUAGUCAAUUCUAAUGCUGUGUUUGAUUACGAGGUGAAAAACAAAUAUGAAUUUGCAAUUAAGGCUUCUGACUUAGGUGGAAAAAGUACUACUGUUAAAGUUCGAAUUGAUAUUGAAAGCCGAGACGAGUUCUACCCUCAAUUCACACAGAAAACAUACAAGUUCCGUGUACCAAAAUCAGGUUCUCUCCCUGCAGGCUAUGUGAUUGGUCAAGCUACGGCCACCGACAGAGACAAGGGCAUCGACGGAAGAAUAGUUUAUCAACUAUCUACAUCACACUCUUACUUUAAAAUAAACAGAACCACUGGCGUAAUCAUAUUGAAAAAGAAAGUUGAUUCUGUUCAAAAUCUUUUUGGUUCCGAUAAGUCUAUAAGUUUGGUGGUGACUGCUAGCUCUGGAAGACAAGGCUCGUUGACAAAUAAAACUGCUGUAGAAAUCGGUAUGAAUGACCUAGCACUGGCGUCAGAUGCAAAUCAAGUCAACGACGCUGCUGCAGUUGCUAGUGGAGGCCUGUCUGACUGGGCUCUAGGUUUACUAAUUGUUUUCAUCUUCAUUAUUAUUAUAUUUGCGGCCGCAUUCCUAUUUCUACAUAUGAAGAAUAAGAGACACAAAAAAGUCAAUAAACCAGGACUAAGUUCAGAAGGAGUUGGAGCUACAAACAGCUAUGUAGAUCCAAGCGCGUUUGACACUAUUCCUAUCAGAAACACUGGAGCUGUUAAUGCCAAUCAAUUCGCACCUCCUAAAUAUGAUGAAAUUCCGCCAUACGGACCCCACACAGCGAGUUCUAACUCAGGAGCAGCCACUACUUCAGAACUGUCUGGAUCAGAUCAGUCAGGAUCAAGUGGCCGUGGUUCUGCAGAAGACGGCGAAGAUGGUGAGGAUGAGGAAAUAAGAAUGAUAAACGAAGGGCCCUUGCAAAGAGAAGGAAUGCACAGGCAAUCUAAUGGAGUUGAUGAUGACAAUCUUUCUGAUGUAUCAGUACAUAAUACUCAAGAAUACUUAGCAAGGUUGGGAAUUGUUGACACUGGAACUGGAGGUGGAGCAUCAACUUCAUCAAGAAGAUGUUCAGAAAACGUAGGCAAUAAAGAUAAUAUGUUACAUCAUGCACCUAUUGAUUCAAUGCAUAUGUUUGACGAAGACGGUGCCCAUGAAAAUGAUAUUACCAAUUUAAUAUACGCUAAGCUUAAUGAAGUAACUGGUAGUGAAAGAGCAAGCAGUGCAGAUGAAGCUAGUGCAGCAGUUGACAGAGCAAUGGCUUUGGGAGCCUUCUCCAGUGCUCCAGGAGACAAUAACGCUGUACCUACCGCAGGGCCUUCCAUGACUGGUAGUCUUAGUUCAAUAGUUCAUUCUGAAGAAGAAUUAACUGGUAGCUACAAUUGGGAUUAUUUACUAGAUUGGGGACCACAAUACCAACCACUGGCUCAUGUGUUUUCUGAAAUAGCUAGAUUAAAAGAUGAUGCUGUAUCACUUCAAAGUGGUAACAGCGCAGCUUCUAGUGCCAAGAGUAAGGGAACUUCGAUUUCUGGAGGAAAAAGUGUACCACCACCACUACUUACCACCGUAGCUCCUCGAAGCUGUCCAGCACCAUCAUUAUCUUGUAGGCAGCCGCAAUUAUUAUUACCGAGGUCUCCAAUAAGUCAUGAUGUUCCUGGCGGCUUUUCUGCUGCGGCCGCCAUGUCACCUUCAUUCUCACCUUCCUUAUCACCACUAGCGACUAGAUCGCCAUCAAUGUCACCUUUGGUAGGCCCAGGGUUGCCACCAGCACCCGCAAAUAGAAAACCUCCCCACUCAACUAUGAGAAUAUGAAAAUAUCGUAACGUAGCAAUAUUCAAUUAAUUACUGUAUAUAUGGACGACUGUUUUGCCUAUAGUGUAGUUAGUAUUAUUUAUUCGGCCGAUCUGAUCGGCUUAAUUCAUUUUGCGCAUAUAGAUAUUAUUAUAAAAUCGAUCUUCACGGAUAUGCUCAAAGUGAUUACUAAGCGCUUAUUACCGAUUUUUGCGGUAAAUGUAUAUAAAUAAAAAAUCGGGUGUAUUUUUUUAAGUGUACAUACUCAUUGUAAAAAAUAUAUAAAGACUGCCAUUUUUUAUUAUUUUUAACACAAAUACAGCUUUACUUUAAGCUAUAAGUAUUAUUUUUAAGGAACACGAUCCUUGAAUGAUGUGUCAAAUUGAUUAAAAUAAUGUUUGAAUGAUUGUAAUCGAUUUGGUGAAUCAAUAUAACUGUAAGCUUUAUUACAAGAGGAUGUAUGUACUUGUAUUGUAAAUUCUGUCGCAAAUGUAAUGUAAUUUUAGUUUUCAGUGAAUUGAACGUCGAUGUUUCGUUUCUCUGUGAUUUUGAUGAUGCCUAAAGAUUCAGUUCAGUUUUUUUGCUACUUUGCUGUUAUAUGACUUGUUUGUACUAAGAAUCUCUUCUCUGAAACAUCACUAAGAAGAAUUUACAUUGAUUACAGAUUAAUUUUGAAGGAUCCAUAUAACCCAAUAUCUUCUUAUUUAUUAGUCGUCCCAUUGUUAGACACAGUAAUUCGUCAAAUAUGUAUACGACACUACAAAAUAGCAUACAUAAGUAAUGAUAUCAAAACAUUAUAUAAAUAUAAAAAUUCGUAUCAAAAAUUCUGGACUGAUUACUAGAAUAUUGUAUGUAAAUAAUAAACUUAAUAAGUUAGUGUUAGACGCCACCGACUGUAUGAAUAUUGUUUAGGUGGAAAUAAAAUUGAAUUUAAAAUCA